AUGCAAGCCGCAGCUCAACCCACCACCGGCAGCGCCAGCCCACCUGCCGCCACUGAGCCUGAAAUAGCUCCAGAUCCAGCGAACGAUGCUCAAGGCAUCGCGGUGGAUGAUGACCACGCGUCGCAGGCAGAUGGACAGAGUGUCCACACUGCGUCAACAGCAUCUUUGAGCGAGAGCAUUACCGAGUAUCGUCGAAUUCACGGUCGCACUUACACGCAAAAGGUCGAUUACUGGGGCCCGAACGACGCUAGACAGAAUGAAGGCCUUGAGAUCGCGCAUUACUGGGAGACGUUGUUCCUCGAUGACAAAUUGUUCCUCGCUCCGAUAGGCGACAGUCUGCAGAAGGUUCUUGACCUCGGAACUGGCACUGGUAUCUGGGCCAUCGACUUCGCCGAUGAAUUCCCGUCAGCACAGGUUACCGGCGUUGACAUAUCACCCAUUCAGCCCGGUUGGGUUCCCCCGAACUGCAAAUUUCAAGUUGACGAUAUCGAGCAACCGUGGACAUGGGACGCCGACUUCGACUUCAUCCAUGUUCGCCAUCUCGAAGCCAGUAUUUCGGACUGGCCUGCUCUCUACAAACAGGCGUUCGAUCAUCUUAUCCCAGGUGGUUACAUUGAGGUGAAGGAGCUCGACAUCGAGGACCGAUCGCAAGCCCAAGGCGAGAACCUGCCUAAAGAUCACAUCUACCGAAGAUGGGCAAGCAUCUUCUUCGAGGCAGCGGAAAAGCUCGGGAAGACACUAACACAGACUCGGGACCACGGAAUAGCAAAAGGCCUGGCCGAGGCUGGCUUCGUCGACAUCGUUGAGAAGAAAUGGCCCAUCCCCAUCGGCGCAUGGCCCGCGGAUCCGAUGCUGAAGGAAGUCGGCAAUUGCAACUGGAUGUACAUCAACCAGUCGCUUGAGGGAUUCGCGAUUUUUCUUCUGAAGGAAAUCAUGGGCUGGGAGUAUGCCGAAAUCAUUGUUUUCGUGGCUGAGAUGCGGAAAGCUCUCGCGGAUCACAGCCUACAGCCAUUCCUCUACCUGUGA